AUGAACCCCUACGUGAGCUGGGCGAUUAUGCUGGUGGUGGCUGGUGGAUUGGGAUACUACUAUUCAAACGGAUCAAAGCCCAAGAACAAGGCGCCAACCAAAGUCAUACCUGAAAAAGUCGAACCCAUCGUCCAAGCGCCUAAGCCAAAGAAACAGAAGGCACGCAAACAGCCCGAACCUACAACCAAAAAGCCGGAGGAGAAACUUGUGGCUGCCAGCGCCCAGGUAGGAGACAAGAAUGAAGUAGAGGAGGACAUCGAUAACAAAGAAUUCGCCAGACGCCUGGCUGCCGCCAGAUCGGGCGUGUCGGUUGGUGACUCGAAGACAAAGGCCCCCAAAGAGAAGCGCAACAAACAAUUGCCUCUUACUCAGGAAAGCGCCAGCAGCGAUUUCUCUACACACGCCCCAUCGAGCAACGGAGCAGAUGCUGAUGACGAUCUGUCCUCGAACGACAUUGUUUCUCCCUCGGGCCGUGAUGUUUCCGAUAUGCUCGAAAAGCCAGCUCCUGGCCCCUCUGUGAUCCGUUUGACUGGAUCCAUGGAGACUACGGAAAAGAAGCCCAAGCCUCAGGCAUUCAAGCAAGUUGAAACGAAGAAGCAGCGCCAGAACCGACAGAAGAACGAGGCUCGUAAGCAGGCUAACCAGGAAGCCGAAGCUGAGCGACGCAAGCAGCUCGAGAAGCAGCUUCAUACAGCCCGUGAAGCAGAGCGUCAGGAAGCGAACCGCAAAAAGUCUGCAACCUCGGUCUCAAGCAAUGCCUGGACCACCACGAACGGCAACCUUGCGACAACGACUACCCCCGCCCCUGCAGUCAACGCUACUCUGCCAUUACUUGACACCUUUGAGUCAACCGCGCCAGCGGCUGCUAGUGGAAGCUCUGCGGGCGUCUGGUCCAACAACCUGCCCACAGAAGACGAACAGAUGCGCAUUCUUGGCGUAGCUGCCCCAGCUGCCGACGAGGAUUGGACCACCGUGUCGUCCAAGAAGGAAAAGUCCAAGAAAAAGGCCAAGGCAGACGAGGGUACCAAUGAAGCCAGUGCCUCUGAGUCUGCUGCCUCGUUUGAACCCGAGACCGCACCUCAGCCCGCCGAAUGGGUUGCUCCAAAAGUCACACAGGUGCCAAUUCCUCGCGGAAAGAACCACCCUCUUGACUCUGACUGGGCCGCUUGA